CACUGAGGUCUUGCGGCCAUUGGUGGCACUAAUAGAGUCGGCCGCUUUAGUGCCGCAUCAUUUUGCCAACGUUUCAGUUCAGUUGUAAUUAACGUGCGAAUCCAAUUGGUAGUGAUUGUCGUUGUAACUACUUCCUCAACAAUGGCACUUCGUAGUAGAUUUGCUAGUGUAUUGAUAGCUCAUUGCUGAGCCGACCGCAUGCAUUCAUCUUCUGUCGUGUUUGAGUUAUUGUGGUGCUGCAUGACGUCGCUAAAUUUCAGCUAACUCGGGUUCGAUUGUUCGUUGCUUUAUUUGUGUGUGUGUGCUGUUUUUUGGGGAGCGCUUGCGAAUUUUUCGGCGAAUACCGGCAAGAAUUGAUGAGAAAAAUGCUGUUGGCGCGAAGGUUUCGUCACAUCCUUAAAAUGGCCUUAACUGUGUCAUUGCGGCGCGUAUUGUUGUUGCUGCUGAUGGCAACGAUAUUCAUACUGAUGGUUUUGUACUGGAAUCAGGACGGCAUGAAGCCACAAUCGUUUUUAGUUGAAAAAUCAAUGAAACGCCGAGCUGACGUUAAUAAACGACCGCCAAUACCUGACGAAAAACUCUGGACCUAUAAAUGCGAAAAUGAGCGUUGUGUGCGGCAUACGUAUCCCACGAAUGAUGGCGGCGGCGCAGCCUCUGAUCGUCGUAUACCGUUCAUGACAUGCGCCAUGACUUGUGGUGAAGUCAACAUUUGGCCACAUCCAACAAUAAAGACUGCCAUCAGUUCGGUAUCGUUGAAAUUCACCAUGGAAGAUGUACAAUUGCGCAUGGACACACCGCACAGCGCAGUAGAAACGCAGUUCAAGCAAGCAUUCGCCUACUUUCUAAGCGAUCUGCGGCGCAUACAACGGCUACCGAGUGCGGAGGAGAGCACCGAGAGUGUCGGUGGUGGUGUUGCAGGUGGUGCUGGUGGCGCUGAUCGGGCAGCGGCUACGGAUGUUAAUUCGGGUGGCCGGUCGCCACUUUCCGAUCAAAAUGCUGCCUAUCACCAACAAAAUCAGCAACAACAAAAGCAGCAGCAACCCCAUCAUAAUAGUCGCGCACGACGUGACACCGUUGACGCCGGCCAUCACAAUACGCACGCACAUCCAGGCGCUGCUGCUGCGCGUGAUGGGGACUCGGAGUCGCCAGGUGCCUUUCAUCAUCGGCACAAGCGUCGUCAUAUCGAUAUUGGCAGAGCAUUGGGCAACACUUUGGGUGACAAUAUGGCACCGGCGGCUAUUUUGAGUAAUGUCUUCAACACACGUCGCCACUGUGAUGUGGACACGUUGCUCGUGCAGGUUGAAGUGCAUAAAUCGGGUGAAAUAAAUUUGAGUUUGGACACCGAUGAGAGUUACAAGCUAUCCGUUGCGCAUGAGCGUCGCACCGUUAACAUUCAUAUCACCGCGAAUUCAUUCUUCGGCGCACGCCACGCCCUCUCCACACUGCAGCAAUUGAUUUGGUACGACGAUGAAGAUAAUCUGUUGCACAUCCUGUCGAAGGCAAUAAUUAUAGAUACACCCAGAUUUCGUUAUCGCGGUCUUAUGUUGGACACAUCACGUCACUACUUCUCGUUGGAGGCCAUUAAACGCACCAUCGUCGGUAUGUCACAUGCGAAACUCAAUCGCUUCCAUUGGCAUAUAACCGAUUCGCAGAGUUUCCCCUAUGUGUCGAAGUAUUUCCCCGAAAUGGCAAUACAUGGCGCCUAUUCGGAACAUGAAACCUACACAUUCGAUGAUGUGCGAGAGGUGGCGGCAUUUGCGCGCGUACACGGCAUACAGGUCUUGCCGGAGAUCGAUGCGCCGGCGCACGCUGGCAACGGCUGGGAGUGGGGACCAAAACGUGGCCUUGGUGAAUUGAGUUUGUGCAUAAAUCAACAGCCGUGGAGUUUCUACUGCGGCGAACCGCCAUGCGGGCAAUUGAAUCCUAAAAAUAAUAAUACGUAUUUGGUGCUGCAACACCUAUAUGAGGAAUUAUUAAAUGCCACCGGUCCAACGGAUUAUUUUCAUCUCGGCGGCGAUGAGGUGAAUCUGGAAUGCUGGGGUCAGUACUUCAAUGACACCGAUUUGCGUGGAUUGUGGUGCGAUUUUAUGCUCAAUGUAAUGGCGCGCUUGAAAAUCGCCAAUAAUAAUGUGGAGCCGCGCGUGAUGAGUGUGUGGUCCAGUGGUCUGACCAACACCAAAUGUCUUCCAAGCAGCCGUGUUGCUGUGCAAGUAUGGGGUGGCAGUACGUGGCAGGAGAAUUACGAUCUCAUUGAUAAUGGUUUUAAUGUGAUAUUCUCGCACGUGGAUGCCUGGUAUUUGGAUUGUGGUUUUGGCAAUUGGCGUUCAACUGGCGAAGGUGCCUGCUCGCCGUAUCGCACCUGGCAAAAUGUCUACAAACACAGACCCUGGGAGCGCAUGCGUCUCAAUAAAGCGCAGCGAAAGCAGGUAUUAGGCGGCGAAGUUUGUAUGUGGACUGAGCAAACCGACGAGUAUCAAUUGGAUAAUCGAUUAUGGCCGCGUGCUGCUGCGCUGGGUGAAAGGUUAUGGAGCGACUUGGAGGAUGAUCGGGAGUUCGAUGCCGUGCCACAGGAUGUCUUCAAACGCAUGUCCGUGUUUCGCAAUCGGCUGGUCGAGUUGGGCCUGGAGGCGGAGCCCAUAUUUCCUAAAUUCUGUGCGCAACAUCCCGGCGAAUGCAUUUGAUAUUACUACUAAAUGAAUGCCGACCUAAGCAGCAUUUUGUACAUAUGUAUGUACGCGUAUACGCAGGUAUAUAAAAAUCUUCAAUUACUCAGUUUGGAUCGAUUUGUGCCUAAGCAGUGUAAAAUUCAUAUUCAAGCCGGAGUUGUCGAAUUUUUACUUUUUGAUUUUUUUUAUUAUGUCUGGUUUUCAGCCACAAUUUUUGUUAAAAAGUUAAUCGAUGAAAAUUAGUCAAUGUAAAUCUGUUGUAUGGCUGGAAAGACAAAGUGCAGCAGUGAGACGCCUAAGAGCAAAUUAUGCGAUAUUUAUAAAUAUGUAUCGUGUUUUGUUUUUAACAACUAUUAGUGCAAUUGUUUUGUAUUUAACUUAGGUAUUUUUAUUUACUCUAAUAUACAUACAUUUAUACAUAAAUUAUAUUUAUAGCAUUUUAUUACACACUGUUUAAGGAAAAAGCCUGCAAAUUAUUUUGUUUUACGAAUUCAAUCGAAUAUUAUGUAACAUAUUUACGCACAUACAACAAUUUUAAAAACUAAUUUAAUAUUUGCUGUAUUUUAAGCUGCUGAAAGACAAAUGUUUUUGUAAGCGCCAGGGUGCAAUUUUUUAAUUCAAACAUUUUGUAUGACAAAUUAAAUUUUCAGUUAUUAAUUAAUUGAUUUUAUUUUUUAA